AUGGCGGGGCGGCUGCUCCAACAGUCCUCAAGAACUAUCAUAACGCCAUCACUAUCCCGAUACUCUGGCCGAUUCUACUCUACAUCCCUCCUUAGGUCGUCUUCUACCUCAUCUGCUAGAAACUCUUUCGCAUUACCAUUAUCGUAUAUAACUAAGCGAAGCUAUGCGAAAACCAACCGUCCCGAUGACCAGAGUCCUACAUCAGACUCUCCUUCCUACUCGUCAAUAGAUCAAAUCCCCAAGAGAAAUGAGAGUACGGAACCAAUCCGACCCGAAAAUGUCGAAUCCUCUGAAACAGAACCCGCCAUGCCGAAAUUCGAUCCUCGUACGCUCCUAGACCAAGGCAUUCCCCCAACUCCAGAUCAAUACUCCACCACCAUAGCCACAAAACCCGAUCCAACAUCCUCGGAGCGAUCUAAAGACCCCAUCAAAUCCUCUCAAUCUCGAGGUUCUGGCGGUGGUAACCCUGAAUAUGUCUCUUCCACCGACCGAAAACGUGAACGUCUCGCCACCUACCUCUUCACACUCUUCAUGCUGAGUGGCGUCGGUGGCGUGGUCUAUUUGGGCCGUAACUGGGAGACUCAAGAGGAAAUCGAUGCUCACCCAGACGAACCGAACGGAUGGGGUGCAAUGCUCUUUUAUAAUCGUAUCAUGUCCCGCCUUAAUGAGGUAUUGGACUACUAUAACCUCCCUAACGGCGAUAAACUCCUCCCGGACAUGACAAAGGACACUUACAGACCUUACACCCUCGUUAUCUCCCUCGAAGACAUGUUGGUACAUUCAGAAUGGACCCGAGAGCAUGGUUGGAGAACUGCAAAACGUCCCGGUGUCGAAUAUUUCCUAACCUAUUUGGGACAAUACUACGAAAUCGUCAUCUUCACAUCUCAACCAAACGUCAUGGCCGCACCCAUCGUCGCAAAAUUGGAUCCAUUCAGAACAUGUCAUCAAUUAUACCGCGAAGCUACGAAGUAUAAGAGAGGGAAAUAUAUCAAGGAUCUAACCUAUUUAAAUCGAGAUUUGUCGAAGGUUAUCAUGAUCGAUACCAAACCUGAGGCCUGGGCUGAACAGCCAGAGAAUGCGAUCAAGAUGAAGAAAUGGACGGGAAAUCCAAGAGAUAAGGAACUUGUCUCUUUGAUCCCCUUCUUGGAGUUUAUCGCUGCAAUGGGACACGUUGAUUUACGAGAAGACAUCAAGUCCUUCCCAGAAGGUUCCCACAUCCCAACAGAAUUCUCGAAAAGAGAUGCAAUAGCCCGUGCAGAACUACAGAAGAAAAUCGAAGAACAGAAAAAACACAGAAAAUCCAGCGGUGGUGGAGAUUUCUUAGCCAGUUUGUUGGGUAUGAAGCCCAAGGAGGUUAAGGAGGAGAAGCUACCGCAGGAUUUAGUGAGAGAGCGAGGUCAACAGUGGUAUGAUGAGAUCACCCGGGGUUUGAAGGAACACGGUGCGGAGAUUUUGGAGGCGGAUAGGAAGGCACAAGAGGAGAUGAUGGCCGGUAUGAAGACUAGUUUGUCGAAGAUUUUGACGGAGGGAAUGCCACAACCGCAAUUGCCACCUUUGCCGGAACAGGAGCAGCCACAGCAGAAGAAGUAA